AUGAUUUUGGAGAUUCUCGGGCUGAGGAAACAUGCUAGCCUGCGAACGGAAGACGUUUCUCCUCGCUCGUCGCCGCUGAGGGACGUCGUCGAUGAGCGAGCAGAGACGUCUGCCGUUCGCAGGCUAGAAACAUGCCUUUUGACGCUUUUUUACUCAAAUGACUGCAAAUCUCGUUAGGUUGGUUUUCAAAAAAUCGUCUAGAUAUAUUUUUUUUUCUUCAAAAAGGAGACUUUCGUAAUUUUUUUACGGGAUAUAAGAAUAUCCGGUUGCACUAAAAUCUGUUUUCUUCUCUUUUUUUCAGCUAAGGGACACGUUCAAAACUGCAAAAAGGCAAAUAACACAAAGGAAACCAACAAAAGUUCAGCUAGAUCAUCUUCACUGCAAUCAAACUCGAAAAAAGCCAGCGCCGAAGGUUCAGGACAAGGACCUUCAAGCGCAGUGCAAACUGCAGCAGGUAGGAAACUUGGAUCAUUCUUGAAGUGUUUACUGUCUCGAUCGAAGAUGCUUUAUACCGUUUGGGUAUGGAAUGGAAUGGUAUAUUUACUAACUGUGCUGUGGGCUGUGCAAGUUCUGUAAAUUACCUAAACAACCCCUUGGAAGAAGGCGUGGUUAUAUUAUUGCGACUACCAUAACGAGUAUGAAAAGACGUUUUUCAAGGGCCUCAGAAAGCCACUUGACAUACAACUCCUACUUUCAACAAGUGCUGCACAGCAACAGAUAUUAGGAAUUAGAGUUGUAAGGGUUCCCCAUUUCCAGUGGGUUUUCUCAUUGCGUUUUUAAGUACAUCAAUGGCAUGACUUUACUGCACUGCACUUGAUUUUGAUUUGUCGCCAUUAAGCGGCAAGUUUUCCUCAGUUCCUGAGUGUGGUCGCUUAUUAGAAUUUCGACUGUUAACAUACAUUCUCGUAUGGUCUCCCUCAGGAGGCAAAUAAAGUCCGAGCCACGCCCAGGCUGAUAGGCUUCUGUCAGUGUUUCGAGCAAGUCCCCGAUCCAACUAGUAAAGUCCUCUAUGACUGGUGUAGUUAUAAUUAAAUUUCGAUCCUGCUUGCUAAAGAGCCUACAGCAACUCACUGGUUAGAGCGUCCGAACUAAGGGUCUUGAGUUCGGUUUUCACCUGGAGCUCGGAAUUUUUUCUCGGCUUUCUGGUUUUAGAAUUCUUCUUCGUCCAAAAAAAUAUACAUAUUUUUUAUUUUCGGAGGAGUAUUCCGGUCCCUUCACUAUGAAGCCCCCUAGGAGAGGUCCGAAGGCCUUUGAGGAGACCAGUAUUAGUCUUAGGGACACCACGAAAUUGGGGCCAUUCCCGGUCCAAUUGCGAACUCCAGGAUAUCAAAAAAUCUUACGGGUGACUCGGUACAAGGGGCGAUAGAAACUUCUUUAUGGUAUGUCCGUUUAAUCUAACUAAUUAGGCUGACCUUUAACCAGCGCUUCUUUGCAAAUUUAGAUGAACGUCGCCUUAGAAAGCUCAAAGUAUUUCUUAAAAGCGUCUCAUACAAUGGAUGCGAGGGAGCAAGCUUGCCAAAUCUGAACGAUCUGUACGUGGACCAGCUUCUGGUGGACGAAUUCCCGUGCAAGGAGCUCUCGAAAACCGAGGAGUUCAAGUGCAAUCCUACACCAUUUAUCCUAGCGAGUUGUUUUAAUAGAAAUCAAGUAAAGGACACCUCUAACAAUAAUAUGGGAAAUAAAACAACGAAAAGGGCCCCGAGGAAAGCAAACUUUACUCCUCGAAAGAGAAACACGCAGAAUGUUAAUUCACCAAAAACACCGAAGCAAGACUCGCCUCUUCAGUUAAGUAAGCUUCAACAAAUAAGGUCACCGCUCAGCGCUGAGAAGACAAAUCCCGCUAGAAGACUUUUUACAGAAGAACAGUUUGACAAAAUAAAGAAUGUUACACCGAGAAAGGAGGAAAGCUUAGCGAAAGAAAAACCAGCAGCAGGAAAAAUAAGUGAGAAUAAAAGAAAAGAUCAAAAGUAG